CAACACCAUCUGUAUAACAUAAAAAAUGAGAUCUUCUCUUAAACUCACCAAGAUCCUCUCCAAGGCUUCUACUCAACAAAGAUAUUACUCUGCUGAAUUAAAGUCAAUUUUGGCUGCUCAAAUUCCACAAAAGCAAGCCGAACUCAAGGAAAUUAAAGAAAAAUUUGGUAAUGUCUCCCUCGGUGAUACUACUGUUAGAAUGGCCUAUGAAGGUAUGAGAGGUAUCAAGGGUUUAGUCACUGAAACUUCUCUCUUGGAUCCUGAAGAAGGUAUCAGAUUCAGAGGUUACAGCAUUCCAGAAUGUCAAGAAAAGUUGACAAAGGCUCAAGGUGGUCAAGAACCUCUCCCAGAAGCUAUGUUGUGGUUGUUGUUAACUGGUGAAGUCCCAACUCCUCAACAAACCGAAGGUUUGAGAGCUGACUUGCAACAAAGAGCCCAACAAGUUGAUCCAAAAACUGUUGAAUUCGUUAAAUCCAUCCCAAAUAAUCUCCACCCAAUGACACAAUUCUCUAUGGCUAUCUUGGCUUUGCAAAAGGACUCUAAGUUUGCUCAAGCUUAUCAAGAUGGUGUUCACAAGAGAGAAUACUGGAUUCAUACUUAUGAAGAUGUUUUGAACUGUAUUGCUCGUUUGCCACUUGUUGCUUCUAUUAUCUACAGAAAGACUUAUCACAAUGGUCAAUAUAUUAAGAGUGAUUCAUCAUUGGAUUGGGCUGCCGAUUAUGCCUCAAUGAUGGGUUUCGGUGGAAACAAGCAAAUUGCUGAAUUGUUCCGUUUAUAUUUGUCUAUUCACACUGACCAUGAAGGUGGUAACGUUUCUGCUCACGCUACUCACCUUGUUGGUUCUGCUCUCUCCGAUCCAUACUUGUCACUCUCUGCUGGUAUGAACGGUUUGGCUGGUCCAUUGCAUGGUUUGGCCAAUCAAGAAGUUUUGAAAUGGUUGAAGGAAGUUCAAAAGGAUUUGAAUGGAAGAGAACCAACUAAGGAAGUUUUAAGACAAUUAAUUUGGGAUACUUUGAAUGGUGGACGUGUCGUUCCAGGUUACGGUCACGCUGUUUUGAGAAAGACUGACCCAAGAUAUACUUGUCAAAGAGAAUUUGCUCAAAAGUACAUGAAGGACGAUCCAUUGUUCAAAUUGGUUUCUACUUUAUAUGAAGUUGUUCCUGAUGUUUUGACUGAACACGGAAAGACCAAGAAUCCAUGGCCAAACGUUGAUGCCCACUCUGGUUGUUUGUUGCAACAUUACGGACUCGUUGAAGAAGAUUAUUACACUGUCAUGUUUGGUGUUUCUCGUGGUAUUGGUGUUUUGUCUAGUUUAUUGUGGGACAGAGCUUUGGGUCUCCCAAUUGAAAGACCAAAAUCUGUGACUACUGAAUGGAUUAAGAAACACGUCAAGAUGAACUAAAUAAAUCUCUAAAAUAUCUAAGUUAUUUGU